ACAGAAUUUAUUGAGGAAAUUGUUAACGACAUCUACGGUAGAUUACGAGUACAUUUAAGGAGUGAUCUACCACUACUUAUUGGGAUGGACUAUUCUAUAAAAUUUGUCACUUCAUGGUUAAAAGAUGCAUCCACACAUAUGACAGACAUACUAACCGUUUGUGGUAUGAGUGGGAUCGGAAAGACAUCUUUAGCAAAAUAUGUCUAUAUGUUGCAUUGUCAUGAAUUCCAAACAAGCAGCUAUAUUGAAGAUAUCAGUAGGAGAUGUGAUGAAAAGUUCAGGCUGCCUGAUUUACAAAAACAACUCUAUGAUGACAUUUCAAAAACAAGUUCCAUUAAAGUACAUGAUAUUUCUAUAUACACCUCCAAGAUAGAGAAUGUGGUAUCCCGUAAAAAGGUGUUUCUAGUUCUUGAUGAUAUUAAUAAUCUCGACCAGUUGGAUGCAUUACUUGGACGCAAAGGUUUUCAUCCGGGAAGCAAAAUAAUAAUAACAACAAAGGAUUCAUGGUUGACAGAGAGUUGUGCACUAUUCAAAACAAAUGUUAAACCCAAGCAUGUCAAGCAUAUGCUUCAAGGAUUAUAUGAGACUGCGUCGCAAAACCUUUUGUGUUUUCAUGCAUUCAUAUGUCAAGAUCCCAAGACAGGUUAUGAAAAGGUAGUAGAAGAUCUUGUGAAAUAUUGUGAAGGACAUCCGUUGGCUCUUGAAGUUUUGGGCAAGUCUCUAUAUGAUCGAGACGUGGGUUAUUGGGAAGAGUGUAUGAAAGGGCUAAGGAAAGAAUCCGGUUCACACAUUAAUAAUGUCUUGAGAGUGAGCUUUGACUCGUUACCAUCAAAAAAUGAUAAGGAAUUGUUUAAGCAUAUUGCUUGCUUUUUUGUUGGAAUGGAUAGAGAUGUUAGCGAAACAAUUUUAAAGGCAUGUGAUAUAAACACACGACUUGGGAUCACAAAUCUUAUCGACAAAUGCCUUCUUCAUAUAGGAAGGAAGAACAAACUGAUGAUGCAUCGGUUGCUUCAAGAGAUGGGAAGAUUCAUAGUUUGUCAGGAAUCACCCAACAAGCCUUGGAAGCGAAGUCGUCUAUGGUGUCAUGAGGAUUCAUUCAAAGUAUUGAAACAAAAAAAGGGUAAGGGAAAUCUUCUAGGCCUUGCCCUCGAUCUUAGAAUGCUUGAGAAAGAGAAGAUGUGUGUGCCAUUUGAACUGAAAACAGAUGCAUUGAGUAAAAUGGAUAAUUUGAUGCUACUACAACUAAAUUAUGUUCAAAUGAAUGGGUCCUAUGAGAAUUUUCCAGAAGAGUUAAGAUGGUUGUGUAUGCAUGGGUUUCUUUUGAAGUCUAUACCUUUAGACUUACCAAUGGAUAAUCUAGUUGCUCUCGACAUGUCAUAUAGCAAUAUUGAAUCAUUUGGAAUUUGUUAUAGCAAUUCACAAAGACUAGAGAGCAGGCAAAAGUUAUUUGGGUCAGGCUUGAAAGUCAAAAGAAGUUUGCUUGGAUCAAUGAAGAUUCUAAACUUUAGUUUUUGUGAUCAACUUCACACUCUCAGUGGGUUUGAUGAGCUCCCUGUACUUGAAAGGUUAAUAGUUACAAAUUGCAUUGGUUUGGUUGAGGUUUGUGAAUCAAUUGAGGCAUGUGUUGAACUUGUCCUCAUUGAUCUGAGCUACUGCAGCAAGCUUGAAAAACUUCCAAAAGCCAAUGGCAUGUUAAAGAAGGUUAAAACACUAUUACUAGAUGGUUGUAAUCUUGGGGAAUCUAAAAUCGAGAUUCUAGAUGUGGAUUCACCGGAAAUGCUCAAGGCCAACACCAUCCACAUAAACAUGAAAACCAUGUCCUCUGACAUUUUGGAGGCAAUACCAAGUAAUUUGAAGUGCAUUGUGAUUUCUUUUCCGAGCUCUUUAGUAAAGCUGUCGCUUGCAAAUAACAACUUGUCCACUGAAUCCUUUCCCAUGGACUUUAAUUCACUAUCCAUGUUAAGGGAAUUAUAUAUAGAUGGCAAUCCUAUUGUUUCCCUGCCUAGUUGUGUGAAAAGACUUCCUAGACUUGAGAUACUUAGUAUAAAAGACUGUCCAAUGCUGAAUUCAGUCGAGCAUCCUCCUCACACACUAAGAGAGUUGAUCCUGCAUUAUGAUGAUAAGUAUUAUAGUGAGCAAUUGCUUGGAAAAGUUGUAUUCGAUCCACAAAUGUCCCCACUCCUGUUAAGAUUAGGUUGGGAUACGUUAGCACCCUCGUCAUUUGAAUUUGAAGGAAUGGUCAAAAUCCACCCAUUGGCAGGUGUUGAUGUAAACAUAUUACAUAGUUUGGGCUGGACUGAUUUAGAAUGCGUUUACUAUAGGUGGAUGGGAACGAACUUUUGGUUAAGAGGAUUAGAGGAGUAUCAAAUUCAGAUGUAUUAUGAAUUUGGAAUUUUCAGCACAAUUUAUGGAGGCAAAGAUAUGCCGAAUUGGAUUAGGUGUAGAGGCAAGGGAUCGUCAGUAUCAUUUACCAUCCCAUCAUCUCUUAACAAGUUCAAAGGAUUAAAUUUCUGUUAUUUGCAGACAAUAUAUUUUCUUCUAGAUUAUGAGUCAUCUGAUAUGCCAAUGAUCCUAAUUAGUAAUGUUACAAAGAACCAGACUUGGAUGUACCAACAUUACAUUGACAAUGUCAGUGUAUACGAAGAGUGUCUAAUAUUUUUAAGCCAUUGGAUGUUUGGGUUGAAUGAGAUGGAAGCUGGUGACCAUGUUACUAUUACAAUUAGUGUAACAAGUCAACAACAUCAACUUACAGAGGAGUGUGGGGUGAGUCUUGUGUAUGAUGAUAAAAAAACCGAUGAAGAAGAAAAAGAAGAAGAAGAAGAUUUGUUGGGCUAUUACAAGUCAUGGAAUCACAUCAUUGGUGGAGAUCUAACCGGAUUUCAAUUAACAACAGGAGAAUACGUCCUAGACAAUAGGCGAUUUUUGCUGCAUGACAAUGAACUCUAUCCAUAUCAUCAAUUUGUUGGAGACUACGCAAGCCUUCGAGAUGGCAACUUCAAAGAGAAAGUAUGCUUUAAAGCUUUAUCCCCAAGGAAUUCUGUCCGACAUCUACUUGGUCGCGCACAUGAGGAUGUAACAGAAUAAAGAGACUGAUAACCUUGCAAUGAUAUUUGCAAUGCUCUCUUCAUAACUUAUAAGGAGUAAGUUGAGCAACUAGCCCAAAAUUUAUGGAAAACAUGGUGGGAAGAAGUACAUAGUAAUGAGUAUUUCGCACAAAGGUGUCAUAAGGUUGGACCUUCUGCCUAUCCGUAAAGCUCACAUAUCUUCAUUUUGGGCUCCAAAUUCAAUUUGUCAUAUUUUUUGGCUUUUAUUUAUUUAAAUUAUUAGGCAAUUUGUGUGAUUUCUAUCAGUCACGUGAUAUUAUAGGAAAUGAUGAUUAGUUACUUUUAUUGUUUCUCAAAUUUCAAUUCGAAAAUUCUUGGUAUACCUGCCAAAAUUAAAACGACAAUUUGUAAAGGAAUCCACAAUAUAUUCAAACUCUAAAAGAUCAAUGAAUUUCCACUACCACA